CUUAGCGACUGACGGACUGGUUGGUGUUCGUGCGAUCCGCAGUGCGGGUAAACUCUUUCAGUGCAUAGUCCCAACAUGGCAAAUGGAAUUUCCAUUUGAGGUUGACUUUCUGCUUUGUUGUUGAACGCUGGCAGGGUGGAUAUCCUCGGUCAAUAUUGUUGAUUGAUUAUCCCUGAAUAUUUUUCAUAUGUGUGUUACGAAAAACUCGUCAAGGUGCAUCGUGGAACGGGGUAGUGCAAAGUUCAAUCGAAACGAGUGCUGCUUUUGUUCUAUAUUGUUAGUUGUGUUGACGCCCCACUUAUCGACGAUUUGUGAUAAUUGAAGUGGAAAAGUUAGCCCGCGGUCGACGACCGAUGACGCUCCGUCACAUGAUUGCCGUUUGUGUGCUGUCUCUGGUGCUGCUUUCAACAAGGAAAGCUAGUUACACAGCUGUGCGUGGGGCCAUAUAGAUUGUGGGAUGCGUCUUUAUACGAUUCCGUUUCCGUGUCUCUAACAUCCGCACGCCACAACACGUCUGUGUGUUUGUCGCUGGUUGGUGUGCUUUGGAGCAGAAAAUGAAUGAAAGGAUCUGCUGUGUAGGGUAGAUUAUCUCUUAUUCAUCUAAUUAGUAAGGGUGCAACAUUGUUUUGUUGCUUACUCGGUCUACAAUGAAUGUGUUGCGUUAUAAGCGGUAUUAAUAACAUUGUAUCAAUCCUGAGAACUGGCGUGAAAAAUGUGAAAUCCUCGUCCAAUUAGUUGAAAGUUAUUCUUGUAACCGUUAUCGUGUGAUAAGUACAAGAUACAUUUGAGACUUCAGAGAACAAGAGGACUAGCAUUAGGGUAACCUGUAGGUAGAGUCUGCAUAAAUCACCCAACUAGACCAGCACCGGCCCUUCACAUACAAUCGCGGCUCUGUCGUUGACAUUGUGUUAAUGCAAACGUUAGCAGAAGGAUGGCAACAUUCGAUGACAAAAGCGAUCUGCAAGACUGGGAAUACGUCAAACGGGGAAUUGCACUGUGGCUCAACAAUCAACCGAAAGCGGCCGAAGAGAGCUUCAGCAACCGCAAGUCUAGCAUACACAUCGUAGCAGGACAUACCUUCAUUUCUUUCAUGAAUGCGGUAAUAUCAUGGGAAACGGAUAAAAUGAACGAAGCCCAAACCAUGCUAAGGGAGCUGGAAAAAAAGUGCGCCGUCGACAUUGGCUGGUUGAGGACGGUGCGGACGAAACUGUUUGGAAGCUACGAACCGCAAAAAUCACUGGCGGAGACCUUGGAGGAGCAAAUAAUUCUGGCAGAUACCCAACUGUGCCUAGCCAUUCUGGUGUCCCUCAGCCAAGACAUCGGUGGCUUUGUCAAGGGCGGCUGGUUGUUACGCAAGGCUUGGAAGGUCUACCAGCACACGUACAGUCAAAUCUAUCAGCUAUAUACGAAAUCGAUUUCGGGUGACAAGAUUCCUCAGGCGCCGCUGAGCCACAACCUUCACGGGUCAACAUCGGUUGAGUUGGGCACGCCAGGGUCGGUCGAUUGGACGGUACCCAACUCGGUACUGCAAACGCCGGAUUCAUUAGACGAUAGACAAAUUGGUCUCAGAUUUGCUCGUUCUUCUGCUGAAAGUUUACAACGAGAGACCACUGAAUCUUCAUCACAGUGUCUUACACAGGCAGUCAGCCAGGAGCCAGAGCAACAGUUGGAAUGUGGAAACAGUAACACGAGUUUCAACAACACUGAUAUUUUUGGGGGUUUGAAGAAAAGUCAGACAACACAAUUUGAAGGAGUUGGUUCGAUAAAGACGGAUUCUAGUAUCAAUAGUUUACAAAGUGCCUUGAGUGUAUCUAACAAUAAACCGAUUGUUGAACCAAUUGUGGUGCCAGUUGAUGCAAGUCAUUUGAAUCGUAGUCGAAAUGGAUUAAAGUUAAACAUUGAAGGUGUUGAUUCCAGGCUACGUACACGUAAUGGCUUGAAUGGGCUGAAGCCGAGACCACCCCCGGAACCGGCGAAUCAUGAGCCUGGCAGUGAUAGCAACAGUACAACCAACGAUACUAGGCAAAUCGAUGCCGACGAUGUGCGUCGUUUAAUGGGUGCCGCCAGUUUUGGUUACGGUGUGUUUCAGCUUAGCAUUUCACUGCUUCCGCCCAGCUUAUUGAAGUUGAUCAGCUUUCUGGGCUUUGAGGGAGAUCGCACAAUGGGAAUUGCUUGCCUGAUGCAUUCCAGGACCAGUGUGGACAUGAGAGCACCCCUUUCUACGUUGGCGCUGCUGUGGUAUUUUACCAUCGUCACCCCUUUCUUCGCUAUGGAUGGGUAUAAUCUGCAGCACGAGAUCUGUUCCGCACAGGAGUUAAUUGAAGAAGCGAGCUGUCAGUUUGAUAAGUCUUCUUUAUUUCUGUUCUUCAAAGGACGAGUCGAGAGAUUGAAGUCCAACAUCAAGGAGGCCAUUCAAGCUUAUGAGCUAGCAUACCGAUCAUCUCCUCAACGAGAAAUUAAACUACUCUGCCUGCAUGAAAUCGGCUGGUGCCGGUUGAUUCAACUGGACUAUGGUUUGGCUAUGAAUAACUUCAAAGAUUUACGCCGAUGUAGUCAGUUCUCCAAAAGCUUCUAUGCCUACCUGACGACUAUUUGCCAGGGAGCGCAUGGCUAUUUUGAUGAACUGGUCAGAUGGCGAACGGAAAUCACCGACUUGCUAACCAGAUCCAGCCAAAAGGAGUCACAAAUUGAGAAGUACAUCUUCCGGCGAUGUCAAAAAAUUCCCCUAGACGAAACGGAAGUGAAAAAGUAUGAUUGUCUCUACUGGAAGUUGCUUGUGUAUGAGAUGUUGUUCAUGUGGAAUGCACUAAAUAGCUGCAGUGAAAUGACACUGACCGCCAUCAUAGCAGAUUGUGAUAAACCAAUAUUGGAAUUGAAUGAGCCUUCUCUCGGAUUAGGUCGGCUGAUUUUGGGAGCCUGCCUAGUUUGUGUGAAACGAAUCGAUGCAGCUAUCGAAGCGUACCGAGAAUGCAUUGCACUACGGGACGGUGAAUCCCAGCACGAUAUUCAUAUAUCUGCCUUCGCCCAUUACGAGCUGGCCGUGUUACUGCUGCAAAAACCGCAGCAGGAAGCGAGAAUAGAGGCCAAACAAUUGCUACUUGUUGCUCAGCAAAAUUACCGCGGCUUUGAUUUCGAUAAUCGAAUCAACGUUCGGAUACAUUCGAUGCUGAAGAAGCUUAAUUAGAGAUAAGUGAGAGUGAUUGGCGCUAAUCGCUCUAGGAGUACUCAAUGGCUCCCAUACCGACAAAUAUACAUUUGAAUUGUGAUAUGAUUAGAUAUUAUAUUUAAUACUUGAUGGAGUGUGGAUUACUGAUAAAGUACGAAAUACUGAUUUCAAAUGAACAA